UAUAUAAAUGGAGGCCAGUGGGUAUUCACAAUCCCACGGUCUGCUAGUGCUUCAUCACCAGCUGCCUUUAACCCAGUGAGCCUGCAGCCAUGGCGUUCAACGGAACUUGGAAGGUCGACCGCAACGACAACUAUGAUAAGUUCAUGGAGAAAAUGGGCAUUAACGUCGUGAAGCGCAAGCUGGCAGAGCACGACAACCUGAAGGUCACCAUCGAGCAGACCGGGGACAAGUUUCACAUCAAAGAGUCCAGCGCCUUCCGCACCAAAGACAUUGACUUCACCUUGGGCGUCCCAUUCGACUACAGCCUGGCUGAUGGCACCGAAGUCUCAGGUACUUGGGAGAUGGAGGGUGACAUGCUGAAAGGCAAAUUCACCAGGAAAGACAACAGCAAGGUCCUGACCACCACUAGAGCUCUGGUGGGAGGAGAACUUGUACAGAGUUACAACUACGAGGGAGUGGAUGCCAAGCGGAUUUUCAAGAAGCAAUAACCUGGAGUCCGAAGUUCAUAUUUUUAUUUUUAUAUAGAUGACAUGAUAUAGAUUUGUGUUUUUUUUCUAACAAUAAGUGUAUUCUGAUGAGAUUCUACUAUAUAUACCUCAAAAGUGUUUUAAGAGAGGAAAACUGUAGUUGAUCACAGCAUAUAUUUAGUGUGAUGGAGGGUGACAACUUAAGUAUAAUAGGAAAACAACACAAGAAGCUAAUGUAAAGUACAAGCAAACUGAGGGAGAACAUACUUCACCAUGUGAGUCUAAUGUGCCUUAAAAAGCAUCUUAACAACCAGUAUCCCAGAAAUGGCCAAAGACUCUAGUAUUAUCUAAGCACGCAGAUAUUUGGGGUUUUUCUUUAUCUCGAUUUUGAGAUAUUUGUCUCUGAGAUUUAGAUUUCCACCCUAAAUCAAAAGGGGAGCAGGAAAUUUCAUUGGUGUUUCUCCCUACGUUGAAAAAUGUCAUUUAAAAGAUUCAACAGCAGUUUGUCUCUCCAGGAACAAUGCCCCAGUUACUCAUGAUAAUCCACUGAACACGUCUGCAGUUUUCAAGGGAACUACUUCAUUGGUACAAUGUUGUUCCAACGAAAACUGUUCACAUGCUUAUGGUUUAUCUAAAGUAACUGGUGCAUUGUUUCUAGAAAUACGUGCUACUGUUAAAUUUCUCAAAUGCCGUUUUCAACGCUGUGAGCAACACAAACGGAAAUUCUUCCUCCUCCAUUGUAUAGGCGUGGAAGCAGAAGACUUGGGGAUGAAUCUCUGAAAGUCUGGACAAAGGAUACCAAAAAUAUCAGCUUGAUUAGAUACAACUAGAAUUAGGUGAGACACUGUUUUGUUGUAAUUUGGGCAUUUUGAGAUGGACCACAGCUUACCUACCCUUGACUUCACUGUACUGUUAACUGCCUCAACACUAGACUCCAUCAUGGUGAUGGAAAGCAGCCUAAAGCAUCACAAUGAUCCCAGAAUGAAAUAUAUUAGAUGUUGUCUUUAGACAGUUAGGAAAUAAGUUAAUUUGCACUAAUGGUUCUUAUACACUAUAUAGUCUGUCACAAUAAAGCCAUUUUUGUGUGUCA